AUGUCGUGGCCCAGUCAGCUAAUGUCCGAGUUCAAGAAAUUAAACCCUGCCGUGUACGACCAGCAUAUUGGCGAGAUAGUCUGGAUGUUUCAAUUCCUCUACCGGACGGACAUAGGGGCUCUCCUUGCUAAGGAUAAUAUUCAGCAACUCCUGAACCAGGAUGAUACAACACAGGCCGGAGACUAUCUUCUUGAUAAAAUGGUUUCGUUUUAUACCACUUGCAACAAGCAUUAUGAGGGAAAGGAGUACACCAAAGCAGUUAAUCGUUUCGAAGGAAUCCUAACAUGGUUUUUGGAGCACGAAUCAGAGCUUUUGGCAUACGAUAAGGCGUUUGAAGAACGGAAGGUGCCUCUGCAAAUAUUGCGUCAUAUCUUUGAACUCGGUAAUGAAGAAUUGCCAGAGGAUAGUGAAGAAUACUAUAAUGCUGACAAUGAAUUUGAUGGAUACCCGGCACGGGGAGCUGAUACUACCAUCCAGGAACGCAUCAUAAGAAAUGCGACAAAGGAAAAGGUCUUUGAAAAGCUGCAAGCUGAGCAAGAUUGCCUCCCAAACUUGGGCCGAGUUGACUGCUUGGAAGUCCUGGACAACAUCCUUGCCAAAACACAAGAAGUCGAGCACUUCCGUCCUCUAUUCCAAAGCAUGGGGAUCACACGAAUCAGAGAUGCUUUGGGGGGGACUAUUGAUCCAAAAUUGAGAAUGAUGUGUGAGGGUGGUCUUGUUAACUUUACAAAUAUUCAGGGACUUGGACGAGAUGCUUCCACCAUGGUGAGUCCCGGAAUAUACUUGCAUGUUCUUUGGAUCAAGGAGAAUCCAGUCCGUCGAUUUUGGCUAUAUGUCGGGCAGUCGAUCAACAUGAAAGCGCGAAUCAACGAUCACAACAGACGACGCCGACAGGGGAUACAUUUCGGGUUGCACUACCAUGUCUGGAAUCAGCCCGACGAGAAGCCCUCUAAAUUUGUGGUUCUAUGGACACCCCGGCUUCCCGAAUAUGAUAGCCUACCGCAGGAAUACCGUCAGCUUCUUUUGAACCUAGCUGAGACAUGGAUGUGCUGCAUUCUACAGACAUUACCACCACACCAUCUUGAGAAUUAUCUGCCAAGUAGUAUCAAGUCUCUCUGGGCCGGACGCCAUCUUAACAUUGCACUGCCCCUCUGGCAAUCUUUCUCUGAGUCCUGGGAGGACAGAGUAGAUUCUAUUGGUGGUAGAGCCACUUUUUCAGCUUUUCUGCAGUCUUCCGAUCCAGAGGUUCGUAGGUGGGCAAAGCAAGUGCGAGAUGCAUUUAAUGAGCUCCGAAAUUCGCCUGAUCCCAUCCUUCGAGCAUACUACGAAUCGAAGAUUCGUGAAAUCACACGCGCUGGAAAUGCCGCGCACUUAGAAAGAGCAAGAGAGAGAUUACGGGGAUUUCUAUCAGAAAAGGAAAGGCCCAUCGAAGUGCCAAAUGGGAAGGCAGGGCAAUAUGUUACUUGCGGGAUGUUCAAGGCCACAGUCUCGGUGUCGUUCGGGCUCGGGUUAAAGCACGGCGACAAGGUUUUGGUUCAGUUUCACCUUGCAGAAACUGACCAUCCAAUGAAGUAUGCAAUCAAAUCAACACCCAUAGAUCCUGCUUCGCGAUUGGCCAUCUCUCUUUCCAUUCCUGGCUAUAAUGAUGACGAGAGCUUCCAUGUUUGGCUCGUCAGCAGAGGAGAAAAGACCGUUAAAAAGACAAAUACUCUCGUGGACAUCUUAGAGGGAUACAAUCUGGAAGAGAGGGAGUCGUUUAGACGUCGCUGGAUCGUCAGAAAUAAGCCUGGGAAGGCAUCGCGUACUAGGCACGAAUAUAGUUGA